CACAUGCUGACAGAACAAGAACGCUGCUCUCCACCCAUAUCCGAGAAGAGUGCGUUAAGAGGUGUCUCACCUUCCCCACUGUGCUCUUAUUACCAAGAAAGACGCCGGUGUGCUAACAACACGCCGCCGAGGUAUCUUAGGACAAACUGCGGCUCCUUAUUGGUCCGGAGUCUCGAGCUCUUGUGCGUUAUUACGCGCUGGACACUGUACACGCACGAGCCUUCAGUGACGAAGAAACCUUGUGGAUAUUCAGGUGUUUUUGGAUUUAUCUACCAGUUUUAUUCCACUGUUUGGGCUUAUCUUACAUGCCAAAGCUGGGGGAACAGACUGGAACACAACACACUUCUGAGCGAAGCUUCAAAGUUCUCGCCACAAUAAUUGGUUAUCGGAUGGACCAGCACCCCAGCGCCCGGAGCUGCACCAGUCGCGGGGCUUCGUCCUGCGAGGCCGUCCCGACGGAGCCCUCCAUGAAUCUGUACAUCCACUCCACCACCGGCACCCGCUUCGAGCUCUCCCUGCCCCAGGAGGAGACCGUGGACGGACUAAAGAGGAGGCUGUCGCAAAGACUCAAAGUACCAAGAGAGAGACUCGCUCUGCUACACAAAGAAACGCGACUAAGUUCAGGCAAACUCCAGGAUCUAGGCAUCUCUGAUGGGAGCAAGUUAACACUUGUACCAACAGUUGAAGCAGGAUUAAUGUCUCAAGCAUCAAGACCCGAGCAGUCAGUAAUGCAAGCCUUGGAGAGUCUAACAGAAACUCAGGUCAGUGACUUCCUGUCCGGCCGAUCCCCCCUCACCCUUGCACUGCGCGUCGGUGACCACAUGAUGUUCGUCCAGUUGCAGUUGGCGGCGCAGCAGUCUGGCGGUCCCCAGCUCCAGCACAGACACCUCAUCACCCGGGGCAAUGCAGAGACGGCAAUGGGACAACCCACGGGUCAGCCCCGUGUUCCCCACCCUCACCCGCACUCCCACCACCCUCAUCAUCCACACAGUCACCCCAGCUCCCACUUGCCCCAGCCUCACCUGCUCCCUUCCUCCCCCUCCCCCCCAGGCUCCCCCUCCUUCCCCCUGCCCACCACGCACCACCAGCCCAUUCCUCCCAUGUACCACCAGUCGCCCUCCUCCGCUCACUGUAGCCCCCCUACUCCCCCUCCUCCCCCCCACUCCCCUCGCCCGUCCCACAUCCCUGGAGGUCUUUUCCGCUCCCCAGCCCAUCACCAUCAUCACCACCACCACUACCACCAGCCUUCCUCAAGCCAACCCAGCCACGACGUGGGCCAGGCCAGCCCUGUAGCCCCGGUCCUCUGCCCUGAGGCUAACUGCAGCACCAACAGCCCCAGCAGCCCCAGCAGUCCCAGCAGCCCCAGCAGUCCCAGCAGCCCCAGCAGUCCCAGCAGCGGCAGCAGUCCCUCAACACGCUCCCGUAAACCUGGCGCGAUCAUUGAGAGCUUCGUCAACCACGCUCCCGGAGUCUUCUCAGGGACCUUUUCAGGCACUUUGCACCCAAACUGCCAAGACAGCAGUGGGCGUCCCAGACGAGAUAUUGGUACCAUCCUUCAGAUCCUCAACGACCUCCUGAGCGCCACGCGGCACUACCAGGGCAUGCCCCCCUCCCUCACCCAGCUCCGAUACCAGACCCAGUGUGGUUCACCCACCUCCCCGUCCCCCUCGCCGCCUCCUUCGCCCCAGGUUGCUGGCAUGGGCCUCUCUGCCAAAGCUACCUCUGUGCCCCCCAGCAGCCCGAGCAGCCCUCUGCCGACUCUUCAUCCGCUGGUGCAGUGCCAGAGCCAGAUCCGAAUGUGCAAACCCCCUGGUGACCGCAUUCGUCAGACCGAGAACCGUGCGACUCGCUGCAAGGUGGAGCGCCUGCAGCUGUUGAUGCAGCAGAAGCGUCUGCGCAGGAAGGCCAGGCGGGACCAGCGCGCCCCUUAUCAGUGGCUGCCCAACCGGAAGGCAGGACGCAGCAACAGCAACAGCAGCAUGUCCAGCGAGGGCUCCCUGGACCUGGACUUUGACGACUCGGUGUGGAAGCCCGACGUUAAGGCCGACUUGAAGACUGAGUUCGUCAUGGCCUGAAACAUCUGAUCCCACCCGCCGGGGGGGGGGGAUAGAUUCAAAGAGGUGCAAAGCAUUGCUCGGGAUUUACUUAGAGAUAUAUUUUGAGGGAGUGGAUUGGCAGGAGGUGACACAGAACUGUGCAAAGAGGAAAUCAAAGUGGCUGGCGUCUGUAACAGGAAAUAUAAGGCUCCCUGCAGACUUUAAUCCCAUUCUGACUUUCACAGUUGACCUUGUGAAAAACGGCAACAAUAGCAAGAGAACUUUGUCUUGAUGCUUGGAUUUGGACAGGCAAAAACCGGACAUAACAGUGUACAAGACUUUUUACGGUGUGAUUACAGAGACCAUACCUGAACUUGAGCAUAGCAGAAUUCAUUGGGUGGUGGUGGUGGUGGUGGUGGUGGUAUUUUCAGAUUUUUUUUCUAAGUUGUGUUUUCUUAAGCACACUCUGGACAGCAAUGAAGAGAUCCACACUGGACUAAUUAACAGGACAGGAGCACCAGAGGCCUCAGUGUUUCCUAUUCACAAGAAUGGCAGAACUGCCGAACUAUAUGGAUUAUUCCAACGGGCAUUCUUAUCGAUCUCAAAACUCACCAACCAGAGUCUAGUUUUUACCUGUUACGGGGUGGUUAACCUUUUUUUUUUCAUUUUGAAACAUAUUAUUAUAUUUUAUAAACAAAAAAAUAUGUAGCAUUGUUCACAAAGCAUUCAGGUUUUCAUAUAACAGUUCAAAGUAGUUGUUGAUUUGCACAUUUUCUUGAUUUAUAACAGCUGGUCAGAGUGUGCAAGAAGGAGGAGGUGGGGCCUGAAAUCGAAUAAAAAAUGAAUAUGGAAGUAUUGAUAUCAACCUCAGUGACAAAGGGUAUCGAUAGGAAUGAUUAAUGAGUAAACAAAAUGAAUUAAUAUUAACAGAAAGUGCUUUAGAGGAUUUUAAAAUCUUUAAAAUGUAUAUGGAAAAAAAUCUAUUUUUUAUUUUUCUUCCUAUCUGCUGUUUUCAAAAAACAGCAGCCCUCUGUGGCUUUAGUCAAGUCGUUGACUACUAACAAAUACAUCCAUUCAAUCAUUCAUUAGCUCAUUCAUGAAUUAUAGUCGUCUAGCCACAACAAAUGAUACGGAAAGAUAAAUUUCAUCCAGCCCACCUCAUGUCUUACAGACCUGAAUGGACUUCUUGAGGGUUUGUAUUAGUUUGUGUACAUAAAUGUGACAAUUGGCAAAAGGUUUAUGAGGGUGUGUACGUUUGAUUUUAGUGUAAAUUGAUUUAGAAUACCCCAUGUUUUUUGUCCGAGUUGUCCCUCCCCAAAUAACCCCAUAGUUUCUCAAAAAAAUCAUGAAGAUCAGUCGAGUGAAUGCAUGGGUCACUACUUUAUAUCACAACAGGAUAAAACAUCAAAUUCUAAGUCCUCAUUAUAAUGACUCUAUUUUUUUAUUGGCAAAAGAGGGAGAAGAAGUGGGGAUCUGUAUCCAGCAUCAUUAUCUAGUGCCUCCACCAGUACAUCCGUUGACAUAUCAGGUUAGGCCUUUCACAGUUUUGCUGCUACACAUGGGGACUUCAAAUGAAAAAAAAAAUAAGUGAGAGGGGGAAAAGUGACUUUUCUUUGCAUGCAGAAGUGUGAUUUACACCGAUCUUUUUUCUAUUGAUGGAAGAAAAAAAAACAAAACUGGUGCUGUGGGAAUGAAGGUUAACAACAUGCAUGAAUUUGUGAAGAAAAUAAACAAUGCUGCUUUUGUUGGUUAGGUUUUUUGUAAUUUUUACUUUUCAAUGUUAGAACAACAGUGUCCUGCUAAAGUAUUACGACGCAAAACCAAAACAGAUGAAGUUAAGUGUGGACUCGCGUCUUGCUCAGCACUGAACAUUCCUGUUGUGUGACAAUGAAGAUGAUGAUGAGCAAAGAGCAACUGACUCUCUCGCUGACUCCACUCCCCCGAGCGCUGGUUUAUGACUCUCAAGGACCCAGACGGCCCUACGAACUAUUUAGCCACCUCCCCCUCCUCACAGCCCCAACGCCAACCAAGGCUCGCGUGGACGUACUCUGGCAGGGAACGAAAAGACCAGCGGAUUUACAGUACUGUCCGUCAAACCCGAGAGAAGCAUCUGGUCCGUCUCUUUAUCUGUCUGUCUGUCUGAUCGAUCGACCACCCUACCACAAUUGCACUCCCAGAGAUUGCAGUGAGAGAUUACCUUUUGGUGAACCUCAUCUUUUUUUUAAGUGGCCUUACCUUUCACUAAAAAAAUUAGACACUUGGGGACAAUGGGGGCGGGAAUGUUUUUUUAUUUUGUUUUUUAAACUUUCUGUGUGCAUCGUUGUCGGACUUGUUGUCAUCAAGGCGCCAUUUUUCUCACUGAGGACACUGGGCAUCUGUUGUUUAGUGCUUUUAGCUGGUGGAGUCUCUAUUAUGUCAAGGCUUCUGUGCCUUAAAAAUGUUGCCCUUGCUGUGUCAGUGUCAGAUUUAAGCUUGUUUUCAUUGGUUGAUACACAGGACUGUCGUAUCCGCAGCCAUGAGAGUCGUAGAUUUUAAGGGGUGAGGCUUGUUUGAGUGAAUCAAAACAAAAAAAGUGGUGUUGUUCCUCAAAUACUGUCUUUGUCCCAUUUCUUCAUUGUGUUGCCAUGCUUGUUGGUCUCCGUUGUCCAAACCUCACAUCCCUCUUAACGCAGUCCUCCCACCAACAAGCUGCAGAAAGCUACAAAUCUGUGUAACUUAUGUUAACUGAGGAAGUUUACACCUCAGUACUUAGAUGGCAAGAAACAGCCCAGUAUAAGAAAAGGUCCUGUGAGGACUCCAGACUACAUGCACUUCCUGUUUCCUUGGACACAACAUUCUUUUAAGGACAAUUGAACCCCUGCCCCUCCCAAAUUUUAUUUAAUUUUGUUUUUGUAUAUGUAUGAACUAUACUCUGUGUGUGCCUCACUUCUGUGUGAAACUCAAAAAUAUGAAACAAAACAAAAAGAUGACAAAAGCAUUACAGAGAGGAUAAAAAACAGUAUGUUGGUGGAAUUCUGAUCACGUCAUUUAAGUUGCCUGUUCUUUCUUGUAGCCAACUAUUGAAAAUAACAGGAUUCAAGAAUACAAUUUACAAUGUUCUAGCUCUAGACCGGUGUAGCACAUGUGUGACUGUAUUAAUUUAUGAAACCAAAAUGGUAACUGUGAAUUAUGUAUUUC